UUGUGAGUUAACUCCCCUGUUCGGUACUCCCCACUGGAAGCCCUAAACAAACACCCUUCUGCUCAGGAACGCACUCAAUACGACACAUCCUACAGCUAUGGCGGCAUGUAGAAGGAUACCAAAGACGAUUUUCAGCAAUUUCUUAUCACGAUCAAGUACAGGAUAUCCAUCGCCUUUUUCGUUUGGACCGCCAUCUACUCUCAUUUCACGAAGGGGCAUAGCUUCCAAACUUUACAUUGCAGGACUGUCAUUUUAUACCACAGAAAAAGCAUUACUAGAUGCUUUUUCUCAAUAUGGCCAAGUUGUCGAAGCCACUGUUAUGAUGGAUGAAGUUUCGAGCAGAUCGAAAGGCUUUGGGUUCGUUACCUAUGCAUCUGGAGAUGAAGCUGAGAAAGCCAUCAAUGAAAUGAACGGAAAGCCACUGCAUGGACGUAUCAUAUGCGUUGAAUUGGCGAAACCGCGAAGAUCAAAAGGUAGUGGUGUGCCAAUAGCUAGAGGACCCCCUGAACCACCUAAGGAGCAGCAGUAAGCACUUGUACAUUCAUCGGUAUCCAGGGUCAAAGGUACAAGUAAUCACAGCAGUGGGUAAUCUCAUCUCCUUUAAGGGGGCACCAAUACUAAUACUAGUAGCAGAAGCAAAAACAUUUAUCAUUUAUGCAAGAGAAGUAUGUCAAAUUUGAUGCAUUUCUAUUUUACUUCUUUUCGUUUGUUUCACUUGGAUUUUAACGUUAAAAUAUAGGGUUUGAUUGUUUGUGUCGAUAUAAUGCACUCGUGCUUCAGCGAUUUCAAAUCACAUCCUCAAUGAGCAAUUUGUGUAC